AUGGUCCGCAAGCAACCCCGGAUAUCCGUUGGAGGCAAAGCUCCGUACAUAAACCCGAAAAUAUCUAUCAACGACGGUAAUGUUUAUACGACAUCGGAAGAAUCCCCAUCAAAUGGCCUCUACAUCGUGGCUGGUAUAUGUCAUUGGCACUUGUCUGACGGCACAGUCUUGAAACACUGUGGAACCCAAAUUUCAGAUAUCACUAGCUUCGUCCUGAACAGCAUCGCUUUUAAAGUUGGUGAUGUUCUAUUAACAUUGGAUGGGCUUUCAAAUGUCAUUACUAUUUUUGCGAACAAAUAUACCCGUGGAACACAGCGAAUAAGCGAUCUCGAUGCUAUCAAGGCUAUCAUCACUGACAUCAGUGACCAACCGAGCACCAUGGCAAAGGAUGGCGAAUGUAAUGUCGUUGCAGAGAUCAUAUUCUCCACCCCAGAAUUUCAACAAAGAGAUGCCAUCUUUCUCACCAAGGAGAAAUUGAUUUGGAUAAAAGGUGCCGACAAACUCACAGUUGAGCUACUUUCUCAACAUCUGGACCUCUUUUCCACUUUGAGGAGCAACCUAGGCUUUAUAUAUAAAAAUCAAAAGCUACCAAUAUGGAGAAUUGAACAGCAGCUCCCACCACUAAUGUCAAUUUCUCGGAGGGGAAGCAAGAGAUUAUGGACAAACAAACCGACAAGGCGACUGCGACCAAAAAGGCGCCCAGGAUCAAAGGAAGACUAUGGGGGAUGGUCUCGACGCUUACGUUCAUGGGUAGGAGUGAGAGAUCAAUCAGCACGCUGA